GCUUGUGCUCAUCAAUACUCAUGUCUGCAGCAGCUCAGUUCGUGAGGCAGGGAAAAAAGAUCAUUGCCAUUGGCAGAAACUACUCUGAGCACAUUAAAGAGCUCAACAACGCCAGGACGAAAGAGCCUUUCUACUUUCUCAAGCCCACGACGAGCUACCUCCCUACUGGGGGAAAGGUUGAAAUUCCACGCGGUGUUGUAGCACACCAUGAAGUUGAACUUGGCCUCGUAAUCGGGAAAGGUGGUCGGGAUAUUUCCCAGGAUGCAGCUGAGUCCCACAUUGCGGGCUACGCUUUGGCUGUCGACAUGACCGCACGAAACAUGCAGGAUGAGGUGAAGAAGAAGGGUCUGCCUUGGUCUGCUGUGAAGGGCUUCGAUACAUUCACUCCCAUUGGGUCUUUUAUCCCCAAGUCGUCCGUUUCGGAUGCUCAUGACCUCAUGCUCUCCCUGAAGAUUAAUGGUGAGAUUAAGCAGAAUGGCACGACUGGGGAUAUGAUUUUCCGUAUCCCACGACUUAUUGAACACAUCUCUUCCAUCGUGACCUUGGAGGAGGGUGAUCUCAUACUCACUGGAACCCCUUCUGGUGUUGGCCCUGUCAAUCCAGGUGAUAGUGUUGAAUGCGCUCUUGCUGAUCCAACCGGGAAAGUGCUCGCCGAGCUGAAAUUCACAGCAGAGUCAAGGGGUGGAGGAUAUCAGUUCACGCCAAAUAGCCUUUGACAUACAUCACACAAGACAAUGAAUAGAAGAAAUAUGUGCUGCGAUAUGUACACAUGAACAGUAGAGCAUCAUCUAAGAUAAUGCGGACAAUACACACUAUCAACACACCGUUGUUUAACUCCAGUCCUUACUUUUAUCAGGCUCCUCCAAUCGUCCGUUCAAAUCAUCCAACGAUAUAUGGUGCAUUCCAUUCGAACC